CGAUCCCUUAUCCCUAUUCCCUUUCGCCUCGGCAAUUCAGUAUGCUUCAUGACGUCAGUCCGAGUGCUCUGUCGACUCUUUAUAAGUGAUACUUUCUAUUGUUCACAGACAAAAUAAUGUUAUUUAAUACUUAAAACAAGUUAGGAUAUACUUUUACACAAAUUAAGAUAAAAUCUGAACAUACAAACAUUUGAUUUGAAUUGUAAUUAGUUACAAUAGCAUUUAGGUAAAUAUGUGAAGAAAUGGCUGUUGAGUUAUGUCUAUCAUCACGUUUAACAGAACUCCUCGGUGAUCGUUUGUUAUACGGUUCGGCGACAGUGGAGCUAAAUGAGUCGACGUUCAAUGGGUCUUUAAUCGCAUUGUAUUUCGUCCCAUUAGGCAGUGAAACUGUCACAACCGAUGAUCGAGCUCUACGUGAUCUAUACAAAACUGUAAACGAGAACGAGAAGACACUAAAUAUUAUCCAGAUUUGUUAUCCAGACUUAGCUGAUGACCGCAAGUAUUUUGAUGAAUUGACCAAUGAUGUUCCGUGGCAUUCAGUUCUUUACGAAUACGCAGAGAAGAGAGUAAGCAUAAAAAUUAAAAAAUAUAAAAAUUUCUCUUGUAUAUACAAGUAUUCAUUAUAAAUAUAUACAAAUAUA